ACCCUAACAGCUCUGUAGAUAACAAGAAAACUCAGCCCCAGAAACCUCGAAGCAGAGCAAUUAGCUAAUGGGCACUCUCCUGAAGUGCAACAAACCUCUCUUCUCCAUCCGAUUUUCUUCGUUUCCCAACUCACUCCGCUCGGUCCAACUCAGGACUCACUCUUUCAAUAACCCAAAACGUAGAAAUCCAAUCCGUCGUUGUUUCAGCUCGUUGAGUCCAUCAUCACAGCCGUUAAUCAAUGGCACAACAUUGGACAAAAUGGACGGCAAUCAACAGCCUGGCAGUCCAUCAUCGGAGCUGUGGCUGCACAAUACGAUGAGUAAAAAGAAAGAAUUGUUUAUGCCCAAAGUUGAAGGUAAAGUGGGGAUGUACGUUUGCGGUGUUACCGCUUACGAUCUCAGCCACAUUGGGCAUGCUCGUGUCUAUGUAACUUUCGAUGUUCUUUACAGAUAUCUUAAGCAUUUGGGCUAUGAAGUUUGCUAUGUUCGGAAUUUCACCGAUGUUGAUGACAAGAUAAUUGCUAGAGCAAAAGAAUUGGCGGAGGAUCCGAUCAGUUUGAGCAGACGAUACUGUGAUGAGUUCAUUCAAGAUAUGGUGCAUCUUCAAUGUCUGCCCCCCUCUGUUGAACCUCGUGUGUCAGAUCACAUGCCUCAUAUCAUUGACAUGAUCAAGCAGAUUGUAGAUAACGGAUAUGCCUACAGAGUUGAAGGUGAUGUUUUCUUCUCGGUGGAAAACUUUCCAGAGUAUGGCCAAUUAUCUGGUCGGAAAUUAGAAGAUAAUCGAGCUGGGGAGCGUGUUGCUGUUGACUCAAGGAAGAGAAAUCCAGCUGAUUUUGCAUUAUGGAAGUCCGCAAAAGAAGGGGAGCCUUUUUGGGAGAGUCCAUGGGGGCCUGGAAGACCUGGAUGGCAUAUUGAGUGCAGUGCCAUGAGUGCCGCUUAUUUGGGUUACUCUUUUGAUAUACAUGGUGGAGGGAUGGACCUUGUGUUUCCUCACCAUGAAAAUGAAAUUGCUCAAAGUUGUGCUGCAUGUAAACAGAGCAAUGUAAGCUACUGGAUACACAAUGGCUUUGUCACUGUUGACUCUGAGAAAAUGUCCAAAUCGCUAGGAAACUUCUUCACAAUUAGGGAGGUUAUGGAUCUUUAUCAUCCAUUGGCUUUGAGACUUUUCUUAAUGGGAACCCACUAUCGAUCUCCAAUCAACUACUCUGAUGUGCUACUUGAAAGUGCUUCAGAACGUAUUUUCUACAUUUAUCAGACACUACACGAUUGUGAAAAUGUUCUGAGCCAGCAUGACAAAGGGCUUCAGGAGUCCAUUCCGCCUGAGACUUUGAAUGUCAUCAACAAGUUCCAUAAUGACUUUUCGACUUCCAUGUCUGAUGAUCUCCAUACUCCAGUUGUUUUGGCAGCAUUAUCUGACCCAUUGAAAACCAUCAAUGAUCUACUACAUACUCGUAAGGGGAAGAAGCAGGCAAUGCGGAUAGAAUCGGUGGCUGCUUUAGAAAAGAUAAUUAGGAAUGUUCUAAGUGUGCUGGGGCUGAUGCCAACAAGUUACUCUGAGGCACUGCAGCAGCUGAGAGAAAUGGCACUAAAGCGGGCGAAGCUAACCGAAGACAAAAUUUUGCAGAAAAUAGAGGAAAGAAGCGAGGCAAGAAAGAACAAAGACUACGAAAAAUCAGAUGCAAUUAGAAAAGAUUUAGCUGUUGUUGGAAUUGCUCUUAUGGAUUCUCCAGACGGUACAAGUUGGAGGCCUGCCAUUCCACUACCAUUGCAGGAGCAGCAAGUGGCUGCAACGUAAAAAGAAAAACAAAAUCACAUUUGGUGCCAAGUUUGUCACAAUUUAUACCGUAUUUAUUUAUUUAUUUUUGUCAGGCAACAUUCCAAGGAGAUGCAUUUUAAUGAAACUGCAAUUUUUUUAA